AUGGACAUUUUAGAUACACUAUUCUCGAUGCUCAUCAUUGGACCUCGAAAUCUGCAUUCUGUGUAGGAAUAGUACCGCACGCAAUGAAUGCCACAGAGUCUACAUUCAUCACAUUCCUUUAUGUGAUUUGUUUCUAUUUGGCCCCUAAGGGGGGUGGCUGUGAUUGCAGUUCUGUGCGCAUUGCACCUUUUCCACCCUGCAGCUAAGUGUAGUGACCAGAGGAUGGCGCUGAUGUUCCAUAACAAGGCUCAGAAUUGCUCUUUUUUUUAACGCUUUCCCUUCAUGAAUACUCUCGCAGGAACAAAACAUUUUAAGAGUGGAACAAAGUGAUUUUACACCCUGCCUACGGUUUUGCAAUGCAAGUCUAAUUCCACGUUAAGGAAUGUUUACGAAUAGAGUGCGCUCACCAGGAAUACAACGUUUAGACAUGUUUAGGCCUAAUAUGUUGAUGCAACCUUUUCCUGCAUAAUCUUCGUGCUAUAACAUUGUCAUUCUAAUUGUUGAUUGUUCUUAUAAAUGUUAUCAUAAUAUUAUUAGCUCUUGUGGUCGUAGGCACAUCCAGGGCAGUAUUUAAUCAUAUAUAGACUAAUAAAAAUAAACGAAAUAGUAGGCCUUAGUCUAGUUAUACACAACAUUUUGUAUGGGUAUCUGUACAUUUUCUACACAAAGAAACCUAAAACUUAGUUGUUCUACCUGUCAAAUGAAUUGACAAUCAAGACAAUUAGGAGGGGUACAUUUUAUUGGGCAAUUAACGUUUAGUGUUAGAUUGUCUUUAAAGAAAACAGGCUUUUAGUAGGCCUAUUUUUUAUAGUUAGAAUGCGUUUAUUUUAAUCUUUAGGUUAGGCCUAUAGGAAUUCUUAACACAAGUAGUGUUUAAUAAACUGAAUUAUCAUACAUGAUCAACAUAUGAUUCAUAGUACAAGAUGCAAUUACCUUUUGUAAAGUCAGUGGAAAACUAUUUUCCUUUUUUUCAGAAUUAUUAUUCAUAUUCAACAUUUGCAAUAUAGUCUUACACAGGUAGCUAUUUGGUGAGAUUUGGGUUCAAUUUGCUUUCAAUUUUGGAAUAAUAUGAUAUAGCAUAUUGAAAAAUCAGAUAGAGUAUAUUUGGUGGUAUUAGAUCUAGCCUAAAUGGUUAUAUGCUCAUUAACUCCGCAUACAGAAUUAUUUUUAUUUUUUUUAUCCCUCCUGUGUUUCUUUCCAGACAACAUUGUGGAAUAGGAAAGAAUAUACAUAAACUUGACCAAAUUAGGCCAUAGCCUAUUACAGAUAAAACAAAAUAAAUUCGGAGUUUUUAAAAAGUAUUUCCAAAUAGGCCUACCGCCAAGGAAGCUAGAUAAUACACAUGCAGUAGAAGUCUAAAUGUAGUCCUACAAAUAAUGUGGUUCAUUUUGAAAAUUCAAAUGUACUUACUUAAUUUGCUUACCUAACUUUUAUGUUUUUAUUUAAUCAUUUGCUUAAUCUAGCAUAGGGUUACCACUCAAAAUAAUUUUCUCAAAUAUUUCACUAAUACUUGCUUCUUGUACUCCUUACAACAAGUACUUUUAUAUUCAAGCAAUAUGGCCCGAGGGUUGUGGUAUAUGGCCAAUAUACCACGGCUAAGGGCUGUUCUUAUGCAAGACACAAUGCGGAGUGCCUGGAUACAGCCCUUAGCCUUGGUAUGUUGGCCAUAUACCACAAUCCCCGAGGUGCCUUACCGCUAUUAUAAACUGGUUACCAACAUAAAUAGAGCAGUAAAAAUACAUGUUUUGUCAUACCCGUGGUAUAUGGUCCGAUAUACCAUGGCUGUCAGCAAAUCAACAUUCAGGGCUCGAACCACCCAGUUUAUAAUAUAUUUUCUUUAAACAACAACAGUAACUCAAAUAGGAUACAAUUGAUAAUGAUUACAAUUGUAAAUGGUAUUAUUUUAAUCACAAUAAUAUCAAAUAAACUGUUGUAAAGUUGAUAAUGGCAAGCAAUCAAAUGUAGCCUACCUAUAUUCUGACUCUAUUUUGAAUUUAUAAAAAAAUUGUCUAUGUACAAGUGUAGUUAGUGCUCCGCCCUUAUACAAUAAUCAUCAUGUUUUUAUGUUUGUUGUAGGCUAUCACAUACAGUUCCGUUUUAGCACGGAUAAUUUGAGCUAUUUGAAGGAACUGAAGAAAAUAAUUUAAAUAAAUACCCAAUGCAGUUUUAUAUUAUUUGUUGUGUAUAAAUUACAGAUGUUAUGAGGGGUUGAAAACGAUGGUAUUAUGCUGUAUUGUGAAAAGUAGGGUAUAACUGCAACAGUACAGGGUAUUUCUUUUGAGCCGAUUACAUUGUAUUUUGUGUCAUUUCAUAUGUAUUGGUUUCCCAGUUUUUAUGAGAGGGUGUGUGUCCAAAGGGAUGAGAAAGAGUGUGUGUGUGUCUGUGUGUGUGUCUGUGUUCGUGUGUGUGUUAAUCCUACUCUGCAGUCUGUGCGCCAUAAUGAUAUCUCUGGCCCCGCUGGUGAUUGGCUACAGCGGUCACGGGGCUGGAUCACGUGAGUGAGUUCUUUGGUCCUGGGGAAAAUGGGGUUUGGUGUAAAUCUAGGGUGUAUUGCUGUCAUUUAUCACACUACCUCGUAAAAACGACAGUGAAGAUUCUGGGUCAACAAAUCACAAGGAAAAAAUAUGAGCUCUUAUUAUGUGGAUGGUCUUUUUAGCAAAUAUACGGCGACCGGUUCUUUCUUCCCAAACGCAGACCGGGGUUCGUGCGCUCUUCGACCCGGUGGAGAAGGACCCGCAUCUCCUCACAGUGCCGCAGCCCCUGCCUUCCCACCGUCCCUGUCCGGACUUUACAACGUCAACAAUGCUAUUUACCAUAGCCCCCCGAUGUUUACCCCUGCUUAUGGCCAGGGGCCGGAGGUGCACAGUCUGCACUGCAGCUCCUUUGACCAGAGCCGCCUGUUCGGGGACAGCUGCAUCCAGCCGGGGCCAGGUCCACUCACCUCGCCAGAGGACAAACAAUACCGGAUGUACCCCUGGAUGAGAACAUCAGGUAUGAUCUAACAUGGGUAUUUCCUGACUCCUGCAGAGCUCUGCUAUAAUGUCAAUGAAUUUACAAAACGUUGGGAUACUUACCUUGGUCUUAAUUAAUGGCGCAAUUAAUUGCUUGAAGACAUUGGUAUUGCAUGGAAAUAAUAUAUUUUUUUAUUGGGCAAGUAAUUAGUUCUGUGGACAUAAAUUAAUCAUCCUUACGCUUCUGUAGUGUUCAUUGCGCAGGGAACUUGCCGCUGGUUUUUUUUGCCUCUGCUUUCUUAUUGCUUCUUCUACUCUUUGUGGCAGUAAAAUACCAGGCUAUAGGUUGGAGUGUAAAUCAUUGCUCGUGCGCUCUGCAGUUCGCCCUUUUGAUUGGCCUCAGAAUGGCAGUUGUGAUUAACAGCAUCAGUUUCAGAAACCUAUUUGUACACAGGGAUAUAACUAACCUAUAGCGGUGGGUGUAAAUAAUAUCAGUAUUCUAGUUGGAGCAGUGGUAUUGAUAAUAGUGGCUGGUUAGUACGGAAUUGGUAGGCAGGACAGUGUUUAAUAAAUACCAAUGAAAUAGCAGUAGUAAUUGCUUAUGGGCUGUGGGUAUGACCUAGUAGUGGCAGACAAACACAUGCUUCUAAUUGGAGAGGCAUGCAGUGCAUUAGCAUUAGCUACAGGCUACAGGCUAGAAUCCAAGCUGGAAUAUUUUUAACGGAAGGAAGUCUGAGCCAAAACAGCACUGACAGUCCUAAAACAUUUAAAGAAAUACAUCUUAGCAAAAAUGACACAGAAUGACAGACUUUUUUUUAUUUGAUUAAGUUCUAUAGAAAAAAAUACAAGAAUGCAAGAUCACAUAUGUGUGUCAUUAUCAAUAUCAAGUUAUUAUCAGAGUUAUUACAUAUGGCAUGCUUGUGUAGAACAUGGUUUUAGAGCAAUUUGCAGUAUUUUUUAUUCGUGGACCUAGUGGGAAAAUGCUAUAUACAAAUGUAGGAUCUUAAUUUGAGCCAGUUUGCUAAAGCAUGAAAAUAAUCCUGCAGCAACAGGAAAUAUGAAUUAUAAUGUGGUUUAUAAUUAAUGGACAUUUUUUGUAGGGCUUGAUACAUUUUUCGUUAGGGCAAAUCAAGCCUGGCAUUUUAUAGUGGAAAUUACCAACUUUAGAAGCCUUUUUAAACCUCAAAUACGUUUGCAUUUCCUGCACUGCAACCAAAGAGUGAUCAGAUCCUUCAUCUGUAUAUGGUUUAAAAACAUUCUCUCUUUCAGAUCCAAACAGAAAGCGUGGACGUCAGACCUACUCCCGGUACCAGACACUGGAGCUGGAGAAAGAAUUCCACUUCAACCGGUACCUGAACCGCCGGAGGCGCGUGGAGAUAGCACACGCGCUCUGCCUGACUGAGCGCCAGAUCAAAAUCUGGUUCCAGAACCGGAGGAUGAAGUGGAAGAAAGAUCAUAAGGACGAGUCUUCGAGCUCAACCCUCGGUGGCACCCGUGAGGACGUAAACAAGGAUGGUGAUGGUGAUCCGGUAACCAACGGACAGUCCAAGGCCCAGGAGGCAGAGCGAGGAGACUCCCAGUCUGCCAGUGUAGCGUCAGAAACCCCUGCAAGAGAAGGAGAUGGUGACAUAGAGGCUAUUAAUGAAAGAAACACUCCAUAAAUGUUUGUAUUUGUCUAAUGUUAAAGAGGUAUACGCUCACAGAAUCGAUACACUCUGUUCAUCAUGUUUGUUCAUCAAUUUAGAGGUUAGUACUGAUUGGUGAAACGACUUGCAAGGCUGAAAUUGAAAAGCACUUAUUUAAUGUACUGUAUACAAGCUAGUGAAAACACGGUCUCAAGCUAUAAAAGGCAUAUGUCUAUAUACACAUGAAAGGGAACGGAUACUACCUAUUUACACUACAGUAUUAUUAUGAAAACUCAAUUUGAUCUUUGAAUGUAGAAAAGGCCUACUGUAAAUGUUAUUCAAUAAUAAAUAUUAUUGGUUGGGAACUAUUAGAUAUUUUACUACUGAAAUAACAUUCCUGAACAGAGAACUACCUAAUGGGACAGUUAUAUCCAAGCAACUUCCGAAUUUAGCCUACGUCCAGUUUCAAUUGACUUAGACAGAGGAACCUUUUUCGCAUUCUAUUUGUCUCUAUUUAAAAUGGAAAUAAAUGCAAAUGUUGCGUAAAAGUGCCUUAGUUGAAUCAACUAGCGAAUAUGGCUUUAAUGUUUUACUGUCCCUUAUUCUCGUUAUAUUGCGCCGCUGUAGCUGUUACGGUUUGGCAUAUUCCCAUGUCUUAUAUUUGUGAGAGCUUGUCUUUUGGGGCCAUGUAGAGAUUGUAAUACAUAUUUGCAUGAUUCCAAAACAGCAAUGUUUAACACAAAAAUGAAUAGUCACAUUUGUAUACCCUACCUCAGAUUUUACGUCAAAGACUAUAGACCUAUAGGUUACUACUGUCUCACGGAAUUUCAAUACCGUAUAACUUCUUGUAUAUAUGUGAAAUGUAAGUCUUUGUAUACACUGUGACGUCGUGUUGUUAGUGUAUUUUUGCGUCCUCUAUAGAUCAAUAUAAUUUUUUUGUGGACGUGAGUGUGUCUGCUUGCAUGCGUUUGUAGGCUAUUUGUAAAUUCGGGAAAUUGUGUGUUUGUUUUAUCUGAUCAAAUGUAUAGAAGAGAAUUGCUCCAAUGUUCAGAAAUAACCUAUCUCUCACUUCACAUUCACCGCUUUGACUCGGAGGUAUUCUUAUUUUGACAUUAUGCAAGAUACUAUAUUUUAAUCCAAUAAAAACAAAACCAUUCAGUUUUGAAAAUAGCUUCGUAACGAAUUUCUUGUAAGCCAACCAUACAUUUAUGAAAACUUUAGCCAAAAUGUUAAGAAAGCACAUAUAGCCAACAUGCCAAAAUAGAUGGUAUUACCCUAAAUUAUGCAUGGGUUAAAAUAUUUGUGUUACUUUCUUUUUUUUACAUUCAAGACAUUUGUUUUUAUAUGACAAGAAAUAUUGACAACACUGUAAGCCUACACAUAUGCUAUAACAUAACACAAUGCCCAUCUGGCUUAUUCAGCAGGAAAAGUGAAAAGAGAUGAUGAAACCCAUGACACAUUUGUUUAAAGGAGUAGUUCACUAUUUUACAAAUUCAUUUGAGAUGGUUCCCCACCCUGAAAGUAGGAACUGUAAUCCAUGGUUCAGUUUUUUUUUAACAGACCACUACAAACACCACAAGCUAACAAUCGAUGGAAGUGAUGGGGGCAUGUGAGCAUGUUUUUUUUCUUCUAAAUAGCCAAAUCACCUUUAAGUAACAUCAAACUAAAUAUGGAAUUGAUUUGAAUUGUUUUCAGGUGAUUUUGACUUUUUCUUUUUAAACAUGCUUAUUACAUGCUCAUAUCACGUCCAUUGAUUUUUAGCUUGUGGUGGCUAAGGUUAGCUGAAUUUUGUAGUGGCUGUUCAAAGAAAACUGAACCAUGUAUUACAGUUUAUCUUUGCCUAUAGACCACUUUCAGUGUGAGGAACCAUCUAACAUCAAGUUGUAAAAUAGUGAAUUACUCCUUUAAUAAAGAGGCUAAAGCAGAGUUUCCCAAACUCGGUCCUGGGAACCCCCAAGGGGUGCAUGUUUUGGUUUUUUCUCUAGCACUACACAGUUGAUUCAAAUAAUCAAAGCUUAAUAAUGAGAUUAUUAUUUGAAUCAGCUGUGUAGCCCUAGGGCAAAAACCAAAAUGUGCGCUCCUUGGGGUCCUCAGGACCGAGAUUGGGAAACUAUGGGCUAAAGUAUGCUCACUAUGAGGACAUGAGACUACACAGGCUGUGUAUGUGUAGCCUACUGUGUAGGGGAAAUGAAUGUUGAAUGUUUAACUCUGCAUUCCCCCUCUUUUCGGUAAAAUGGCGCCUAGCUCUGACCUGCCUCCUCCCCUCUCUCUCCAUCUCUCCCCCUCUUUCCCCCUCUCUCCCUUUGCUCUCCCUCUCUCACUGGGUCAUAAAUCUGUUGUUGUUUAUGAAACUGUACAACAUAGCAAUAGAAUUUUAAGAGGCUCCUCCCUUCCAACUGGUCGCCGCUGGUCACAUGGCAUGGAGCCGUGAACAUGAACUUUUUUAUAUAUAAUUUCCUUUUCCAGAAUAGAACCGCACUCAUUUAACAGCCUGUGUCUGUCACAUAAGCCUUUCUGUACUGUAAAAGCUUUUGCUCCUCAAUGUCAUUGUUUAUGUAUUUUCGUCGUGGGUAAUGCUGUUUUGCUUUUGAGUUUUGUUUUGUAUUAUGCAGUGUCAAGGAGCAGUGUCCCUCUCUGGUUUGGAUUAAUUACCGUCGUUCUUGUGACGGUUUGGCACAAUGGACGGAUUGAGUGCGAGCGCGUCUUUGCCUGACCCCGGGAGCUCGUGGAUUCGUCCAGGGACCCAACUGGCACAAUAGGGGAUCUUUCCCGGUCGCCUCGCGCCGUCCUCUUCUAGUAAUAUCCCCACGCAACAUUAGACCCGAACACCUCAGAUACGGUAAGAAUACUUGCUUAUCAUGAUUAUGAUUUGAUAUGAUUUGGUAAUCAUUCAUUAAAUAGAGUGAGCAUAAAAACAAAUAGCAUCAUUGUGCUUGCUAUGCUUGUUUAGUUUUGAACAGUACCAUAAUUUUGCUUGCAAUGCUUGUUUAGUUUUGAACAGUACCAUAAUUUUGCUUGCUAUGCUUGUUUAGUUUUGAACAGUACCAUAAUUUUGCUUGCUAUGCUUGUUUAGUUCUGAACAGUGAUGACUUUCAGAAGAGUGGUUGGAGUGUUGUAGGCUUGGUUAAAAUGGGUUUUGUCCGAUAAUUUGAUUUGAUAAUAAUGAUAUGAUCAUAAUUUGCAUGAUUAUGAUCAUUGUUAUGGUUAGUUGUGGUCCUCCGUAGCUCAGCUGGUAGAGCACGGCGCUUGUAACGCCAAGGUAGUGGGUUCGAUCCCCGGGACCACCCAUACACAAAACAUUUUUUUUUAUGCACGCAUGACUGUAAGUCGCUUUGGAUAAAAGCGUCUGCUAAAUGGCAUAUUAUAGUUGAUUGUGGUCUCUGGACUUGACCUAUGUAAUUCAAUAUUAGUGUAGGCCUAUGCGUUUUCAUUAUGAGAAUUUCAAAAAUGUAUUAGUGUGCAUGCUAUUUGUGUUUUUUUAUUUGUUGCUAUUUAAAUGGGAUGGUCUGUCAGCAGCUGAGUAUUGGGACUGUAACCAAUAUACUAUUCUCUGUCGCCCUCUUGUGGGAGAAGUGUGGUCCUGUUUUGGUCACAACGUUGUGCCCAUUUAGCCAUUUACAGCACAGUUCAACCACAACACAGUGGUGUACAUUGCGUUUUCUAGCACGAAUCACGAUCAACGUGUAUCUUGUGUAGCAGUUGUGUUAAUCUAUAUACUGUAUGCUGUAUAGGACCCGUGUGCAACGCAAGGGACCAGUACGAAAAAGUCAGCCUCGUUUUAUAGACUAGAAGUAACAUAGUAAACGAAAAUCUGGGACACUCGAAUUAGUAUGAUAUGUUUAGUUUGGUAUGGUUACAUAAGACAGAAGUUUACUUAAGGCAAGAAACGAAAGGAGGGUGGAUAGCUAGGCUUACAACGCAAAUGUCUAAUCACAGACAACUUUGCAACUACUUGCUACUUUGCAACUAAUUAGCAUGUUAGCUAACCCUUCCUUUAACCUUAACCCCUAACCCUAACCCCUAGCCUAGCUAACAUUAGCCACCUAGUUAACUUUAGCGAUAAGCACCUAGCCACCUAGCUAAGGUUAGCCACAACAAAUUUGAAUUUAUAACAUAUCACACGUGUUGCAAAUUCGGAACAUAUUGUACGAAUUGCAAUUCGUAACAUAUCAUAUACGAUUUUUAAUUCGUAACAUAUCAUACGAAAUGGAUGAUAGACAUCCACAAAUUAAUUCAUACCAUACCAAAUGUAACAUAUCAUACUAAUUUGAGUGUCCCAGCUUUUUGUUUACUAUGUUACGUCUACUCCUGAGUCCAGGUGGAAAAAGUAAGAACAUGUGUGCAGUCACUACUCUAAUUCGCUCUGGAUAAGAGUGUCUGCUAAAUGACUAAAACAUUUAAAAUGUAUACUAUCUUAUAUUUGCUUAUAUAGUGUUCUUGUCUUCCUCUCCUGUUUGCUACCCCCAUCUGUUUGUUAUCCCCAUCUGUUUGUUAUCCCCAUCUGUUUGCUAUCCCCAUCUGUUUGUUAUCCCCAUCUGUUUGUUAUCCCCAUCUGUUUGCUAUCCCCAUCUGUUUGUUAUCCCCAUCUGUUUGUUAUCCCCAUCUGUUUGUUAUCUCCAUCUGUUUGCUACCCCAUCUGUUUUACCCCAUCUGUUUGCUAUCCCCAUCUGUUUGCUAUCCCCAUCUGUUUGCUAUCCCCAUCUGUCCAUCUGUUUGCUACCCCCAUCUGUUUGCUACCCCCAUCUGUUUGCUACCCCCAUCUGUUUGCUAUCCCCAUCUGUUUGUUAUCCCCAUCUGUUUGCUACCCCCAUCUGUUUGCUAUCUCCAUCUGUUUGCUAUCCCCAUCUGUUUGCUACCCCCAUCUGUUUGCUAUCCCCAUCUGUUUGCUAUCCCCAUCUGUUUGUUAUCCCCAUCUGUUUGCUACCCCCAUCUGUUUGCUAUCUCCAUCUGUUUGCUACCCCCAUCUGUUUGCUACCCCCAUCUGUUUGCUAUCCCCAUCUGUUUGCUAUCCCCAUCUGUUUGUUAUCCCCAUCUGUUUGCUACCCCCAUCUGUUUGCUAUCCCCAUCUGUUUGUUAUCCCCAUCUGUUUGUUAUCCCCAUCUGUUUGCUAUCCCCAUCUGUUUGCUAUCCCCAUCUGUUUGCUAUCCCCAUCUGUUUGUUAUCCCCAUCUGUUUGCUACCCCCAUCUGUUUGCUAUCCCCAUCUGUUUGCUAUCCCCAUCUGUUUGUUAUCCCCAUCUGUUUGCUACCCCCAUCUGUUUGCUACCCCCAUCUGUUUGUUAUCCCCAUCUGUUUGCUAUCCCCAUCUGUUUGCUAUCCCCAUCUGUUUGCUAUCCCCAUGAGGUAACAUCAGCACCACAUCACAGAAAGAAUACUCUCAUCAAUGACCCCUUCAUCUCGAUAUUGUGCAUACCUAUAAUAAUUAUAAACUUUAUAGCAACACAAAUAAGAGUAAUAUGAUAUCAUGCUGUUCAGUAAUGGCAUUGGCACUAUCAUAUAGGGCCUGAUAGCUGGAAUUGAUUGUUGUGAAUUACUGUAUAUGCUUGAAGUUUUUGUAUUGGACAUUUAGAAAAUUCGAGUUAACCCUGUCUAUUUUGCCCGGCUAAAUACAUCACAGAUAGACACCAUUCAUAUGACAAUAGAUUAUUACCUCCAAAUUAUGUCACAGAAUAGAACUUGAGAAACCAAAACGUCACAAUUGAUAUGGCAAGCUUAUUACCUCAAAAUACUGACACAAAUAAGACCCUGAGAGACCAAAACGUCACAAUAGGCAUCAAUACCAAGGAAUGAGUACAGCACAAUAGCAUAUUGUUGUAUUGCAUUUUAAUAAUGCGUGUGUAGUUGCUGUGUCCGUGUCAGUUUGCUUAGUUUCCUUCGAUGAGUUUGAGUCUAUUACAAGUGAAUCCGUUAUGGUUUACCUACCUAUUGAAUGUGUGUUUGUAGUGUUCCAUUGUACCUUAGCGUCUCCAAUUGAAUACCCUCCUAGAUAUUUACAGUGGUAAUGCAACCAGUCGAGGAAAAUGGCCUUUCUGCGGCUCCCCUGCAGUAUACAAAACCUAGGGUUUCUGAAAUGCAUGCAGCUUGAAUCGUUUAGGCUAUUACGCGCGUAAUACAGCCUACGUAGCUAAUUACAUUUAUGAGCAAAUACAACUGAAGCAUCGUGAAAUGUUACUCACUCAUCGAUCAAGGUUGGGAUCUGAAUUUCAAAUUGUUCAAAUUGCAGAAUACUGACGCUUCUACCAGAUGCAGACAUUUGAGUAGAACGUAAUUAGUCUUGUCGUUUUUUUCUAUACUUUUAUUUUUUUCCCUUUUUGCACAGAACAUAUUUUCUUACUCUCCCACUUCCUGGUUUGCCCCUUGUCCCCUGGGUGGGAUAAUUUCUUGGGAACUUUGUUUCUAUUGGCAUUGAUAAAUCAGAUGUUAGCUCUUAGACUCUCUCUCCAUUACAACCUCUUUAAAACCUCCAUCACAAACACUCCUGGCCAUUAUAAAGCACAUAACCUAUUCUCGCUCCUUCCAACAUCCGGAGCAAGUUUGUAUGCGCUCACUCAAACUAUCCCAGAAAGUCAAGACCCGGGCUCGGAUACAAGGCUUCUUCAUACACCGCUGUACACAUCUGGUCCUGAGUGCAGAUUGUUCCUCGGCUCCUGCGGUGCCUGAAGGGGCCAUAUUACCGCUGUGAGUCUGCAUCCUUCGGACAGACACGCAGACGUAUCCAUCACGCUGUUAGUGCCAGCGUGUGCCAUAUGGGCUAUCGUCUUUUGGGGACUAUAGGACCAAGAGGUCCAAUGGACUAUGGAUAACCAGAGCCUACUCGUGUAAAUCUGUUUGCAACUGGCCGUCGCAAGCGUGCCUGAGUGUCCAGUAAUCCAUAUGGAGUGCACUAUUUUCUGCUUAGUAGACGGAACGAACAGUAUCUUUUGUAAACUACAUGUUUUAAAAAUGCUUUCGCUCUGCCUGCACCUGCACCAGCUAUAGUAGUCACGUUAAUGUCACAACAACCCACUGGGCACAGACUUCAGCUCAAUGUCUAGUUUUGAUUUACAUUUGGCUGAGUUGUUAAAUAACGUGAAUUCAACAUGAAAUCAACAAAACAUUUCACCAUGUCAUUGGAUUUAGGUUAAAAGGUGGGUGAAAAAUAGGAAAUGCCCUUAUGUUGAAGACUUUUUGCACGUUGAUUCAACGUCAUCACAUUGAUUUUUGGGGUGGAAACAACGUUGAUUCAACCAGUGUUUGCCCAAUGGAAAUAGGCUAUUAUUAUAGUCAUCACUGCUUCUAUUUUAGAUAAAGUUGACCUCUAAGUUACACCAACAAAACAGCAACUCAACACCGAUUAACAUGAUUUAAAAUCAAAUAGUGCUAAAAUACUGUAGACAUAUGUUUGUUAUUGUCAUUGCUUGUUUUGAGCCUACGGUAUUAUUACUUCUGCUGUUAUACCGAUAGGGCUUUCUUCAUAUCAUAAUUCGAACCUCAUUUUAGAUUGUCAUUAAGCGGUGCCUUAUCUUUCUAUUUUGAAAACUUUACAAUACUUAUCUGGGCAGAAAUAGAGUCCUAUAGCCUACUACUUUCACAUCCUCAUUCCGAUGACAUUAUUUAUGGAAGGAAAUGGGUAUGGGGAAGAUGCCAAGUGAGGCCAAGGGAAAUAAUUCCAUUGUAUCUUAGGCAUGCAUAUGUCCAUGUAAAAUACACUACAAUUCCUAAACCAAAAGAUCCUGUUCAUUCCCCCUAUCGCCAGACAUUCUUUAAAAUACAUAUAUUCUAAAUUCCCUUCUCUUUCAUUGAGUUUCUUUCUUCAUCGAAUGCGAGCAACUUCGGGUGUUUAAAUUCCUUUCGAACGAACCUGUAUUCUGCUCCUCGUUUUCCUGUUCUUUAAUUGACUUUAGUUAUCCAUAUUGGCAAAAAAAACUCAUGACAAUAAAAAUGAAUAUUAUUGUUUCGCUGCAAUAUCUGCUAGAACUUAGGCUGUUCAUUACGCACCGCAGCAACAUUUUACGCACCUACAUUGAACCAAUUUACUUAAUUCAGGCAUCAUUUGUUGAUCAAAACGUGCGUUAUUCACAUUCAGUAUUUAUGGAAUUUCAAUUGAGGGGUAAAUAGUUGUCUAAUAAUAAUAUUGUACGGUAGCUUACUUCCUGUCAUCUUUUAAAAAACGAAACAGUAAUUCAUUUGAAAUGCCUCAUUUUAAGAAUGACGGUUGAACUGCAGGUUGACCAUGCUGUUCACACCAGUAGGCUGAACUAAGCUUCCAUAAGAUGGAUAUUAAUGCAAAUAUUGAUUAUUCAAGAGUUGAUUACUAUAAUUCAAGCAUAUUGUAACAUGGUUUAACGAAACAUUCAACUAAAUGUAAGGUGCUAGAUAAUUGUUUUUUAUAUUUCUUUAUUAUAGGCUACUUAUGUUGUGUUGUAGGCCUACUGUAUGUGUUUUAUUCCCAAGGAUAAGGAUACCGUUGAAUACCGAUUUCUCUUUGUACUCUGUAUCAGUGGAGAGGUUGCAUAUUCACUAUUCAGUGCGUUUCUUGUUGUAUUGUUUGCGAAUCUUUUGCCGCAAUGGUCGUUAACCUCUCAACGACCCCGUUCAGAGGCCACGCCUCAAACACCGUCGCAGGCAGUGCCAGAUUGUGGCCAGAGGAUGGCGCGCAACGACAAUCCAAGAGAUGCAACCCGGGCCCCGCGAGCGCCCUGCCCAGGCGCACUCCCAGGCGCGCGCCCCUAACGUCCCACCCAGAUUUCCUACUUGUGCACGAGUUUACCUCUGGAGGUCAUCAAGCAGGAUUUACGACUGGUCAACAAAAGCACGUGAUUCUCAGCCGUAACCCAUAUUUGGGUGCCUACGUAAGAGAGAAUCAAGUACACGUUCUACUCAUUUCCAUAAUUCAUCAUGAAUUGUGCAAGGGUGCUAUAGAACGCGCAAAAUCAUCAAGAGCCACAAAUCAAGCACACACGUUACUUAUUUCUCCAAAAAUAAAAACAACAAAUACCUGAUAAACAACAGUAUUGGAAUAGUCAAUAAAUGAGCUCCUAUUUUGUAAACUCAUUCUGCGGUCGCUAUCCCAAUGGCGCGGACUUCCAGUUACAUAAUUAUGGAGACCACAGCUCAGCAAACGAGCAAUACAGGGACCCAACGACCAUGCAUUCCAGCAGGCACGGUUAUGGCUACAACGGGAUGGACCUCACUGUCGGUCGCGGUAAUGGGCACUUUGUGGCCAACGAGCGGGCACAGGGCUACUCCCCGAACCAGUCGGCGGCGGCAACAACGUCUUCUACCAGGUACACCCAGCCCGCGAGCGCCACCCGGACGGCGUCCCUCUCGCCUGCACCUGACCCACUCCCGUGCUCCUCCUCUGUCACAAGCUUGUCUCCGGUCAGCGAGUCUCAACCUCAACACCGAGCCAUAAAGAACUCCAUAACUAGCCCCUGCGCGACCCCGAGCUCGAGUUCGAACGGAGGCACGCUGUUGAACCAGGAAUGUGUGUCCAAAGCCUCCCCCCUCCUCGAGGAAGAGAAGCCCGCUGGAAGAGAGCAGACAACUUCCCAAAAUUUCACCGAAGGUGCCCAGCCUCAGAUAUAUCCCUGGAUGAGGAAACUGCACAUAAAUCAUGGUAAAAUAACUUUAUAGCUUUAUAUGUUGAUUAGGUAGUCGUUUAUGUUUGUGUUUUUUAGUUGUCGUGAAGAUAGCGCAUUUAAGCUGUGCUUGUUGCCAUUUUCGAAGUUAAAAAGUAUUUCACCAAAUCAUUCUAUAAGAGAGAAAUAAUCUGUAUUCGAUAGUAGUAAUGGUUAAGUGGUGUAAUGGCGAGAUUUACGCCACCUGUUCACCUGCAUAUUUGUUCCAUUGGAAAAGUAAUUAAACGUGGCAUGAAAACACAGGACAUUUUCAUGUUACCAAAAUGCAGGAGGUGGAACAUUUAAAUAUAGGACUUUCUUUUGCCAUAAUGUUGUAUUAUUCUAAAUGUUUAUGGUCUUUUUAUAAGACAAACUUUUGGGAAUUAAUUGGCACUUCCACUGCGUUUUAUGGUGUGUGUGAAAGGUGUGUGAACGGUGUGUGAAAGGUGAACAGUGUGUGAAGGUGUGUUUAUGUGGAUUGGGCUGCAUCGAAGUGUGAUCAAGAAUAAAGUAAAUGUUCUAGCAUAUAAUAGUCAUUGCAUAAAGCGUUAGUGUAGGUUGCUAUUUUGAUUAUGGGCUCAUGGUUGCAUCCUGUGUUAUCACCAGACAGUCUGACCGGACCAGAGGGGAAGAGGGCGAGAACAGCAUACACGCGCUACCAGACCCUGGAGCUCGAGAAAGAGUUCCACUUCAACCGGUAUCUGACCCGCAGACGGAGGAUCGAGAUAGCGCACGCACUCUGCCUAUCAGAACGCCAGAUCAAAAUAUGGUUCCAGAACAGAAGGAUGAAGUGGAAAAAGGACAACAAACUGAAAAGCAUGAGCAUGGCAGCGGCAGGGGGUGUAGGGUACCACCGUCCCUGAUAUUUGGUUCCCCGAUGAGCUCUAAUAAAAUAAUAAAAAGCUUGGGAGAACUUCCCUUCAUUUUUAAAUCGUGAGAGACUUUCUGAGGGCUGUCUUGAUGACAGUGAACGUCCAGGUGUACAUGCUCCGGCCUUUUCAAAAAGACUUUCCUCUAUAUUUAUUUUGAUUUUGACCGUGAUAAUGCUUGUGUGAGUAAAAAAGUAACUUGUAUUCUGUACAUUGUUUGUCUUAGAGGACAAACCAAUGGGAAAUACAUGUUUGUUAACUUAUUUCUCGUUCAAAAUAGAAUAAGCUCGAAGUUACCGCAAAAAAGUCCAUUAACUAUCCAAUAAAAGUUGUGUAGCCUAUUGCACUUGUAAAACAGUAUAGAAACUCGAAUAAUUAAUGAGUUUAUAAAAAAUGGUGUUGCUUUUGUGUAUAGCCUUUAUGUUAUAUGUAAGUAUGUAUUUAUUUGUUCAAUGUAUUGUACCAAAUUUAGAUAACUUGUUCCUUAUUGUAGACAGAAUGAUAAGCCUAAUGUGAUUGUUGUACAUUGUGAACACGUGACGGAACCGCAGUUCUGACCCAUUGUGAGUAGCUGUGCCUUUGUAUCCUUCUUUUGCACAAGCUGCUGUAAAGUUGUUCACCUGGCGCAGCUUCUUUUAGAAUGUGUUUUUCUGUCUUCGUGUACGUCCCCCUCUAUUUUGGAUGUGGAGGGUUCCAUAGUUGAUCCCAUUGCCUCUAAGUGGAUAGCUUCGUGCUAUAAGCUUUUUGUAAAUGUUUUUAAAGAAUGACUGGAAAUUGAAAAUAAUAUUAUAGUGAUGAUGCUGAUUAUAAUAAACUUUCUACUGGAAUGACAGAGACUGUACAUUAUCUGUUAUUUCGAUUCUUUAUAUUAUUUCUUAAUGUGCCUCACGGUAAAAAGCAAGUUUGUAUGUUUUUGUAAGGUUUUUGUUGUUGAACGUAAACUUUUUAGGUCUGCUGUAACUCGUUUUUUUCUAGGUCAAGACUAUAGGCCUAAGUAGAAUGCAGGCCUGAAAUAUUAGUUUAUUUUUCUCAGCUAAACCCUUUCACUCCAUUGAUUGCAAUCAAAACAUUAAAAGUUACACUUUUCUAGCUAGUUUCAAGGUCGAGAAAAUCAACAGGUAGAAAAAUCGAUAUCCGCACACUUUACUCACCUUUGCGCGUGGGUCUAAAGCGGGUCCUUGCCAGUGACCAGCUCGAGGGGCUCUGCGUCCCAUGUGCUCGAGCUUACUACUCUCAGAGAAUCAGUUCACUUUUCGAGACGUAAACUUUAUUAGGCCUGUUCCGGCUCCCUGACAUUUGGGUGCCAAAUGAAUGGGGGUUUUGUCUAAGAAUUAGAUCGUAAAAAUCAUCCGGAGCGCGGCCAGAUAGGCUCACUGGCCAUAAACUGUCACGUGGUGGCCAUUAAAGUAAGUUUUAUGGUUUUGGGGAGUUGACAGUAUAUUGCACAUAACAUAUAAUCGCACUGACGCAAGGCUUCCUCUGACUCUCUCCUUGCAGGCUGUAAGUGUUCCUUUACCGCUACAGCCGCUCCUCGCUCAGCAGAACGCCUCGCGAUGGACCCUGCACGCCGGACGCACAUGAGGAGACAGGCCCGGUCUCGAAGUAAGUUUCUGCCUCUGUUGCCCUUGAGUAGCCUGUAGCCUUCCAUUCCCUCGGCUCUGAACAGCCACCCUGUUCGAAACGGCAUUAUGAUUGUAUUCGGACGCGCUAUCUGUCCAUAUUAGCCCAUUAAGCUAAUUUGUCAGUGGUGCUGAGCUGAAUCCUGGUUUCUCUCGGCAGAUGUUGGCCAGGGUUGAGUCAGGCUCAUGGAUAUUUAAUUGCUUCCUUCCUAGUGUAACUUGUUUCCCUCCAUCUGUGGUGUAACUCAUAAUCCAUUUUUGCAUGUGGGAUAAUUAUGCUUCUGUUCAUUCGUGUUUUUUCACUUCCUGUAUUACACACGGGGCAUCUUUGGACGCUUCAUAGCCAUUAAUGUGCUGGACAAGCCAAACAUCUCUUUGAGCUGUUUUAUGGUGUUUCCAAUGUCAUUGCUAAACUGGAAUAUGUUUGUGUACAGUACUCAACUAUCAUACACCACUUUUGGGGUAAAUGUAGCUUUUUAAAAAUCUGUGUGAGUGUAAAGUUAUGCACAAUUUCAACACUUUGUUUGGAGCUGUAGUUGUGGCUUUGGUCAGGUUUCCUCAUGUGUUCCACACUUGUUCAAAUGGUUUAAGACAGCCAAACAAAACAGAGGACAAAACGCAGCAGGGCCACAUUUGGAAAGGAAUUCCGUUUUCUGUCAGCCAUGUCAUUUUGUGUUUUGGGGUUGUAAAGUUCAGUUGACCUCUUGGAGAGUGUCACUCUUGCUUCGUCCGGGCCGACAUGGACACUCAGAUACCAGUAUCUCCAAGAAAGCAAAGAUUUAUAAAAGUAGUCUAUGUGAAAACGCGUCACAAGGGUUGGUCAGACGUUGUAUUUUGACGCAUUUGCCCUAUUACAAUAGUUUUCUUUAGAUUGCGUAUGUUUUCGUUUGCUGGAAAAAUGUCUCUGCAUCAUAAUUUCUUAUUACGUAGGCUAUAGCCUAAUUACUUUUUCGUUUUGGUUAUAAUGUAGAUUUUGUUUAGGCCUACUUGUGGCAACAGUCUUGGUUUUAUUUUAUUUUGCAAUAGGGUGUGUUUACUGAUAAGUGGCUAGUAUGGGCUUUGCCUAUUUGUUGUGUAUGACAGUGCUUUGGUGUGUUCAAAAUUCUAAGUAUUUGCACAGAUUGCAAUUUGGCCGAAAUUGGUGCUUACAGGCUACUCAUAACUUUUCCCCAUCAGUGGUGUGAAUUCGAUUUUAAUAUAUUUCACAUCAGAAAAAUGGAAAGACUCCAUCAUGUAAACAAAUAGCCAAUGCAACGAAAUUCAACUUUAUUUCCAUUACAGUUGUAUGGUGUAGAAAACGAAAGUGAAACCGUUAUUCUAUGCCAAUAUCAUUGUGACAUCUGGGGAGAAAAUUGCACCAUUGUUACACAAUAAAAAAAUCAAAAUCGGGGUCCUAGGCAGACAAUGCCAGGCAGAAAAAAAGAACCUUCCCUCGUGCGCGGUUCACCGCGAGGUCAGUCAUAGCAGCAAGUACAUCUGCAUCCUCGAGGAGCCACCAGCAGAGCUCGCUUUAGGCCAAGUUCAGUGUCACCCGCAGCCAGCUCCUGAGACGGGGAGAAACACACACACAAAUACAAUAGUAUGAUAGGACGCACACAUAUACUUGACCGGUUUGCUUGCCUUAAUAUACAGUGCAGUGAAGUAAUAUAAUUUGCAUAUUGCAUUAGUUUAUUUGGAGAGCCUAUGGGGCAUUUGAGCAAAACCACUAGGCCUAUGUGAGGCAAGGAGAAAAAAACAGGACAUUCAUCCUUGAGCGGUUUGCUUGUAUUAGUGUUGUACAAAAGUGUUUUUAGUUGUAUAAAAAGCGGUGCAUUGUAACCAACACCCACAGUGAGACAAUACAGAGAUACAACUACAGUUAUUCUAUUAUAUCACUAAUUAUGAUAUAAAUAAUAAUAAUAUGCCAUUUAGCAGGCGCUUUUAUCCAAAGCGACUUACAGUCAUGUGUGCAUACAUUUUUACGUAUGGGUGGUCCCGGGGAUCGAACCCACUACCCUGGCGUUACAAGCGCCAUGCUCUACCAAUUGAGCUACAGAAGAUUCAUUAGAAUAAUUACAGUAAUCAUAACAGAAAUUGAUAUAUUGCAAAUCAAUGUUUCUUCACAAGCAGCCAGAAACCUCGCCUGGGCAGCACAGCCUCACAGGGGUGGGACUGAUGAUCUCGAUAUAGCGGGGGAAGAGGAGGAAAAAUUGGGGUCAAAAGUUUACCCGCUGAACACGUCUCCCGUCAUCUGUUCAGCAGGGGCCUGAUGCCAGCAUUAUAAUAGCGAUCUUGACUCUCCACACAAAAGAUAGAAUAGCUUUGAAUUACGUAUGUUUGACGGUGCACUCCAGGUGAACCCUGAAAGCGGGGCGACCCCGAGUUUGGGACCGAGGGGAGUGGACCCCCGCCCGUCCCCAGACCCAAGAUUGAGUGGCCGGCAUUUUAUUAGGGCGGUUGAUUGGUGAAUUUCCUUUGAAUAAAUUGCAUUGGAUAUGAGGGGAAAAUUAGCAUUUUGAGGAUUGAUACUCUUACCCCGGUCACAAGAUGAUGGGUAGGCUAUGCCCACAGCCCCCCAAAUGGAGCCCCCGGUCCCCUUUAAAACAUUUAGUCUUUCUCUCCCUCUGCUGAGAAAAAAGUCCUGUUUUUAGCCUUACAAAAAGAGACCCAUAAGGUGAUUUUGGUUACAAAGAAGGAAUAUGUUUAUUUUAUAUUGAAAACAGUCAAUUGUUAUUAGUAAGAACAAAAUAACAUUGUAACUUUAUUGGGUUUUGAAAACCGAUUAGGAUAUAGGUUAUAUAGCUUCUAAUGGCGGAUGGACCUGCAUAACAGGAUCGAAUCUAGGCGUUAUCCUUUCCCGUAAAGCUGUGAGAAUGUGAGAAUGUGAUCACAAAUAAUGCACCUCUAUUGUAAUAGAUACAAUUCGGUUUAAACACACAGCUAAAUGUAACAUAGGCUAUUUCUCUAAAAACCUCACAUGAAACUGUGCACUCGAAAUUAUGAGAUCCACCUUAGCCGUGUUAGCAACAAUGUAUUCCCCAACUUGUCAUUCAUAUUUCGUUUUGAUAAACAAACAAGUGGCCUAUUAUACAAUAGCCUAACUAUUGGCAAUUCAGUGUCUUCAUUUAUUUCGAAAGAGUCAAGAGUCAAAGGACUAAUAUGGCAAUUGUCUUUAUCAUAAAUAAAUAGCCAUUAGCCACUCAAUGUUCGUAGCUCCCACAAGUUAUCUUUAUCUUAUAGGAGAUAACUCAUUGGGUUUUGGCACAGUUCUAACAACUGUUUUUUGAAGAAAAUAAAGUAUAUGUUCCAUCGUAUAUGUUUAGAAGAAACGGGUUGGGCAAAAUAGUAUGCUAUGAUAACACAUACCUAUUAUGACCAUGUUGUUCGACACUUGUGUGUAUCUACAAUCUACAUAAAACAUUCACUUGAUGCAGUUACAUUUACUUUGAUUUAUGUCUUAUUUUUAAGAAGACAAUUUAAACAAAAUGUUCAACAUAAUCAUACUAUUUCACCCAUCCAUCUUCCUCUAAACUUGUGUUAAAUGUGCGAGGAGCUCUGUGGGUGUCAUUCAUGUUUAGGCCAAAAUAUCGAUCAAUAGCUUCCUUCUUACACACCACUCCCAAUAUCUUCUUUAUUUCAAAAUGUUUUAUGAUCAAAAUACUUACCCUUACCUUUACCACCUCGUGAUGCUGAGGGAACCGUUUCCUCUGCAGCCUGGUCCUCCUAACAGACAAGGGAUCUAGCAACCAUGUGUGAUCAGUCACUAUCGUCAGAGCACUCUUCUUAUUAUCUCAAUUUACAGUACAGUGUCAGUAUGAUAUAUGUUCGUUAUAUAUGGGAAGACCGAAGGAGUGGCAAUCCACUUCUUUCUCACACAGUACCUUUCUAAAUUAAUAAAUAGUAGGCCUCAUUAUUUCUUAUUCAUAACUAGACUUUUUGCUCUUUUGCUAAUUAACAUGGAUGUCUUGGACGAUUUUGAUUUAGAAUAAUUGUUACAGAAACAUUUCAAUAGCGAAAACCACGUUGUAACCUAAGGUUGGCCCACAUUUCUUAAUCGCCAAAAAAAUUUACAUUGUAAACAUCCAUUUGUGAACAUCAGGUAAAACACUGAAUGUGGUUGUUUAAUAGCAUAUUUCAGUCGUUUAAAUUGUUUAUCAGAUCAUAACGUUUGCCACUCACAUAUAUAUUUCGCCUGUUCCAAAACUCAUAAAUAAAACUAUAUCUCGAAAUAACUAUUUUCUCAACUGAAGGGAAUGAAUGGAAUUUAACGUCGUAAAUCAGGAUUUUUACAGUUCAUUACUUUUUCUCAUGCAAAAAUACUUGUUUAAAACGCAUUCCAAAUUGAACGUUUCCAAAACUGUGUAUAACACACACACACACACACACACACACACACACACACACACACACACACACACACACACACACACACACACACACACACACACACAAGCUGUAGUAUAGCAACAAGUAAAUUGUAAAUGGCUGUAAAGCAUUACGGACCAUUUAAACUGUCGCUCAUUCAAGGGUACUAUGGCUAGCGAGUGGAUAAUAGCCAACCCUGCCCAUAUUUAUAGAACACUUAUAUAACACACUAGAGUGCACAUUUAGAUAUCAAGUCAAGUAUUCUUACCGUGGACUUUAUGCUGAUAGACAGACUCUCAGGUGGUCUUGGCUACGUUCUGGAUGCAAGAUCAGAAAAACGAUUCCCCUUGUCAUUCACGAUGAGUUACAGGUGCAAAAUACACUCAAUUGUAAUACACCUAACAACUUUGGCUAUUUAGAUGCGUAAAAAGCCAUAUAGACCUAUAUCUGACUAAAAUGAAAAUCCCAUAGCGAUGGCUUACACAUACAAAGCUCAGAGCUGGACAUUGUUGAAUAGGAAAAACAAGAGCCUAGGUGAGAAACAAUAACAGAAGCCUAACAGUAUGAGACAAAUUCAACACAUAUACAUAUUUAUACUAUUCUAAAGAAAACCUUGACCAGGAGACACUGAAACUUCAGUUUAGUUGGCUAGCAUUACCUACAGGAGUGCCACAGUCGACGCAAGGCUUUUUCAGAUGGACCUACGCUUUAUCGUGGGCUUCGUACUGUUUUUUUUUAAUUCUUUUUUUUGGGCGCUGUUGGGUGCUGACCGGUGCUAAGUGCUCCGUUAUCUACCCACAGUCAAGUAGACCCUGGAAAACCGAAGUCCAAGUACGGGUUGAACUUCAGGUCACUGCGUCUAACAAAUAUGAAAAUGUCGCCUCGUUGGAGACGGGCACGCCUUGUUGUUUAACAAAGACUGUCAAUGGGCAAGAUUAAUCAGAAACAAAAUAGAAACGGUGUCACUUUGGGGUCAGAGAGAAGUUAUCGCUGUUUAGGGGGGCGAAUAGAAAGGGGGAGAGAAAAAAAUAUAAAAUAAAGCCUUCAAUAUUUCCGAAGUUUGGCAUCCCCUUGCCAAGGCACACCGGGCCUUCUUCACGUAGACGGUCGCAGACACCUUCCGUAGUGUUGCUCAUGCGGUUGAGGUGGCGUCCUCAAGAUUUUCACCUCGGAUUUGGAAAUGUGAGCUGGAGGGCAAACAGGUCGUGGAGAUGGCAAUUGUCGAGACACUGAUGGCACAGAAGAGAUACGGUCAGGGAUGCUUCUAUUAUAAACUGUAUAUUAUUGCACUUUUGUCAUAGUGAAAUUAAUCGAGAAGUGUUUUUGGUUAAUUUUAGCCUACAUGGUCAUGAUAUUUUCAGGUGAUGUCUUAAAUAUAGGUAUUUUAGUUGUAGCAGUUUUUCAGUUGUUGUAGUUGUUUAACGUAUUAAUAAUAGGCCUACACUAAAUGUAUUAUUAUUAUUAUUAUUAUUAUUAUUAUUAUUAUUAUUAUUAUUAUUAUUAUUAUCAUUAUUAUUAUGCCCUUAGUUUUGUUGCUGUUGUAAGCAUUAUCUGGUGUCCAGCUCAAUAGUUUAAAACACUGCACAAAUUAUGGGUGUUUUAUGUUGGAUCUUGGAGGAAAGUGAACAGCUUAAUGUACAGUAAAUGUACUAUAUUAUACCACAGGUUAGUUACAGUCAAUCACAGCCAUUUGCUUCUCAAAAUGACUCGUAUAGGCCUGUCUUUUUGGUUACUAAAAAGUGCUUUAGUAGUAGAAAGUGAGUGCAUGUUGAACCCUUACUUUUGUUUUGAGUUGCUACAAACUUCAACACAAAUGUUACGUUCUCAUCAACUAACACUGUUCUUGUAUAGCUUAAGUCGCUCUAGAUAAGAACAUCUUCUAAAUGACUAAAAUGAAAUGAAAAUAAGAACCUUUGGCCAUGUCAAAAUCACUUGCCUUUUUUGGGCCUGCUAUUCAGCUGCCAUCUUGUAUCAUCAUAUGACGAGCCAAAUGUAAAUUAUUUGAUGUUAUCCUUCUCAAACGUUUCUUAAAUUAAAAUGCUUAGUUUUCAUAGGUUGAAAUGACUGAAUAUAAACCUCCGAGGUGUGUAUCGGCGCACAUGACAUGUUUUCAACCUUGCUUUGUUUUAUUGUCUUUCAAAUCAAGUGAGAUACAGAUUUACAGAUUUGCAUUUUACUCACGGAAUUACCAACUCAGAAUUGACUAGAAAGGAAAGCAUUUUGGAAAGGAGUGGACUGGAAAUUAGCUCCAAUGUCAUCUUUGACAGAAAAGAGAGCAGUUACAGUUUGCUUAUUUCCAAAGAGCCCAUUAUUUUCCUGUGCAACAGCAAGAGAUUCCCAUCAUCAUCAUCAUCAUCAUCAUCAUAUCCUCAAGGCCGUGGUUUAAUAACUAUUAAUUCUAGUUUAGUUUAGGUUAUGUGAUAAACAAGUGACUUGAUUGUUUCUUUCUUGAUCUAUUUUGAUGUAAUAAGGAAAACACAACGUAGACUAGUCCGAGCAAUUUUCGUUGUGCCAAUGCCAGGCUUUCCAUUGGUUCCUGUUUACAUGAUGCCCACAGGAGACGUGGUGAUUGGUGGCGGUUUACACGUGAUCAGACAACUUUGUACAUUUGACAGAGAGUAGGAGGGUUUGGUGGAGAUCAGAAAAACGACAGCACGAUAAAAAUUAGUAUUGUUGCACUUCACAAAUUAAUGAUCAUGAGUUCGUAUUUGAUAAACUCGAACUAUAUCGAACCUUCCUUUCCUCCAUGCGACGAAUAUCAACAGAACGGAUACAUCCCCGCCUCUACUGAGUACUACGAACGGCCAAAAGAUUCGGGCUUUCCCCAUCAUGAGGAGGCGUCGUAUCCGAGGUCAAACUACACAGAACCGAGCUACGACUACGGUAAUGUCCCCAGCAAUGGACUCGACGAUUUUAACGACAGGCAUCACGCACAACCUCAGCCCAUUGCCCAGAACCAUGGCCCAGUCCCAGACGGCGGUGCGGUGGAGGACGUCAGCAAAGACUGCAGCCUCGUCACUGAGUCUUAUCCCGGUGCACAGAAGGGAAAGGAACCGCCGGUGGUCUACCCCUGGAUGAAGAAGGUCCAUGUUGGUGAGUUAUCGCCACGUUUAAAUACCGGAACCACUGAGCAAGCCACCACUGGAACGUAUGCACGCCCAUUGAGGCAGCACUAGUAGCACCCCUUACAAUGGCAAUUUACGACCAUCGAGCAGCGGGGUCGGUAAUUAAGAACCCCUCGUAAAUUUUAUUGCCUGCCGGGGCCAUGAGGUCUUUGUUGCUUUUUAAACAAAACUACCUCCAUGGCUGGACCCCAGCCAAAAUGUAAUAUCCAGCCCCGCUGAUUUUGUUAAUCAUUUUCUAAGGCUUGAUUUGUCCCUGGAUGCGAGCGCUUGUACACAUGGGGUCUCCAAAUUAAGGUAAUUCUACGCAACAGAAAUUGAGGCGAAACCCCCACAAUACAUCGUAGGCUUUAUUCCCCCAUUAAACUACCAACAAACCUUUAUGGAGAAGAACAUUUGUAAUGUGCCUAGUGGAGAUGGUCAGUUUUUGGACUGUAGUGCUUAAUGUGGCAGUAACACCUGCUUGCUUGUAUGUGUGUGUGCUUGCUUUUCUCUAGUCAAUGCUAGUUACAGUGGAGGAGUGCCCAAGAGGUCCCGCACUGCCUAUACCCGCCAGCAGGCUCUCGAGCUGGAGAAAGAAUUCCACUUCAACCGCUACCUGACCCGACGCAGGCGCGUGGAGAUCGCGCACACGAUGUGCCUUUCCGAACGUCAGGUGAAGAUAUGGUUCCAGAACAGAAGGAUGAAGUGGAAGAAAGAUCACAAGCUUCCGAACACCAAGAUCCGCUCUGCAAGUUCAUCCUCCGGAGCCCAGCAGCAGCAGCAAAUCAAAACUGCCACGCACCAGCAGCUCGUUCCCACGCCGUGCUCCGCGACCCUAUAG